AUGGGGCUGCAGUCGCUCGGGUACCCUCGCCGAUGGGCACUGCUGCUGUUGUUUGUCUCCUAUACUUGCGCUUGGUACCUGCCUGGCUACUCGAUCAAGCGGUAUAGCGACGACGAGUCCAUUCCGCUACUCGUGAACAAGAUAUUCUCGGACCACACCCAACUCCAGUAUGCUUACUUCGAUCUACCCUUUGUAUGCCCCCCGAGCGGGCAGACGCAUGGCGGUUCACCCUUCGGCUCCGGACAUAGCAUGUCGCAAAACCUUGGCGAAAUCCUGCGCGGCGACCGAAUCAUGACGUCCGACUUCGAGCUUCACAUGGGCAAGACCACGGAGUGUCGCGCGCUGUGUACAAAGGAGGUCGGGCGCAAAGACGUGAAAUGGGGCCGACAACUCAUCAGUGAAGGGUAUGUUGCGGAAUGGAUUGCGGAUAACCUUCCAGGUGCAACGAGCUUUGUGACUGUCGACCGCAGCCGAAAAUAUUACGCGUCGGGCUUCAAGCUAGGGUACCGCGAGUUUUCGCCCGUCGACGGGAAGCAGCGUUACUAUAUCAACAAUCAUUUCACAAUCGUGAUCCGCUGGCGCUCGGCACCGGAAGGCGGCAAAGUUAUUGUCGGGUUCGAAGUAUACCCAAAGAGUAUCCGCGCCGAAGACCAUACAGAGAACGGAUGCCCUGAAGACGUCCACGAGGAGCAUGAAGGGCUCGAGCUGUACAUUCCACCUAACCUGGAUCGACUGCGGGAGAAGUACCCAGGGUCUUCGUAUCUGCCCGAAGACGAUGAUUCUGAUGACGGAGCUACGUUGAAGAUUCCAUUCACCUACUCGGUCUAUUUCAAGGAGGAAAACGGCGUUGAGUGGUCGAACCGCUGGGAUCUCUACUUCAGCAAACAGGAUGAUAGCUCGAUGACCCACUGGUUAGCUGUUCUCAACUCCCUGACCAUCUCCGGCGUCCUUGGCGUGGCGGUGUACGUCAUCUGGAACAGAACUGUGCAAGGCGACAUCAAAGGCCGGGGAGACGGGGCAAUGGAGGAUGGGAAGUUCAAGAGAGGCGGAGCUAAGAAAGAGGGACUCUUGGACCAAGCCACAGACGUCGAGAGGGAUGGUGACCUUGACUCCGAUGACGAGGGCAUGGAGGAUGUUAGCGGGUGGAAACUCCUACACGCCGACGUGUUCCGAGUCCCAGAGUUCAGCGGACUUCUGGCGCCCUUGGUUGGCUCUGGAAUGCAGCUCCUCUUUAUGACCACUGGCUUGCUAGUUUUGAGCUGCCUGGGAAUCUUGAAUCCUAGCUUCCGAGGAGGCUUUGUCAGCGUCGGCAUGGGACUGUUCAUCUUCGCCGGACUCUUUUCAGGGUAUUUCUCAGGAAGCUUGUAUAAGACUUUUGGAGGGGUGAGCUGGCGGAAGAAUACGCUCAUCACUGCACUGCUAUUCCCAGGAUUGACGUUCUGUCUUGUCUUCAUCUUGAAUCUCUUUGUCUGGGCGCAAGCGUCUAGUACGGCAAUUCCAUUCGGUACCCUGGUGGGAAUUGUGGCGCUUUGGUUACUGAUUCAAGUUCCCCUCGUGUACAUUGGGAGCUGGUACGGCUUUAUGCGAGCCAAGCCAUGGGAGCAUCCAACUAAAACCUCUUCGAUCCCGCGCCAGAUUCCCCCACAGCCUUGGUACCUGCAUAGCGUACAAGGAACUAUUCUAACCGGGUUGGCCCCGUUCGCGGUCCUGUUUAUUGAGCUUCUCUUUGUCUUUAAGAACCUGUGGCAGGACAAGAGUGGAUACUAUUACGUGUUUGGCUUCCUGAGCGCUGUGACAUCGAUCCUGGUGGUGACGGUCAGCGAAGUGACAAUAAUUGCGACAUACAGCCAGCUUUGUUCUGAGAACUACCAUUGGUGGUGGCAGAGUUUCCUGACGGGCGGGAGCAGCGCAUUCUGGGUGUUUGCGUACUGCGUCUGGUACUACUACUUCCACCUGCAUAUCACGGGCUUCGUAUCCAGCUUGCUCUUUUUCAGCUACAGCUUGCUUGCCUGCGCUGUAUACGGCCUGCUGACCGGAACUGUUGGUUUCCUGACGGCAUACGCAUUUAUCCGUCGUAUUUAUAGUUCAGUCAAAGUCGAUUAG